AUGGCGGCCCAUAAUCAAGCUUCAGCGAAACGUCAGAAGACUAGAGAGCCGAGACAGGAUAUUGUUGAUUAUUUUCAAGGUAUAGACAAGAUAGAAUACAACAACAUGGCGUCGCCGUCAGAAUCAACUAAUUACCGUUACUAUAACAGUUCAGAGCGCAUCCAUUCCCGGUCCAUGGAGGAGUGGCUGAAGUUCAGCAUCUCUCUUAGAGAAUUCAGGAAUAAUGGUUCAGACGCACACGGCCGUUCAACAUACUCCCGCGCCUGGGAUGACAACACAGACUCCAUAGACAAUCACAAGCGCUGUAUAAAGGCACUCUUCGACCUUUGUUCCAAACUUGGUAUAAAAUACUGGUCGGCCUUCGAUUCUGACUUAAUACCGUACUCUGAGUCUUGGGAAGAGAACAAGAGCCACUUCGAUGAUAUAGUGGAAUAUAUAAGAGAGUUGACGCAAAGAUACCACGUUAAGUUGUUGUGGAUAGCUCCGGACCUGCAUUCACAUCCAAGAUACGUUUCUGGUGCUUUAACGAGCAACGAUGCAUCCGUUUUCAUUCAAGCAGCCUCACAGAUAAAGAAAUGUCUAGAAGUCGCACAAAGAUUGAAUGCAGAAUGCUUUCUACUAUGGCCGUACAGAGAAGGCUACCAUGCACUCUUCCAAACUGACGUCGCCAGAGAAAUCAAAUUAUUUGCCAAAAUGCUAAAAUUAACAGCUGAUUAUAAAGAGAGACUCAAUUAUCGCUGCCAGUUGUUGAUAAUGCCGUAUAAUAAUAUCUACCAUAGUAGAAAUAGUUACGGUAACUGGCAACACUCGCUUCAGUGCGAAAGAGAUUUGAUUCACACUUACAUGUGGGAUGUUACCAGUUGUCUGUAUUUGUUGAAGAGUUAUAACCUGGAUCGAUAUUAUAAGAUUUUUGUCCCGCCUGGACUUCAUAUGCCAAUGGCCAAUGUGUACAAUAUGCUCGGCGGUGUAACAAUGACAAAUAAUGAAGAUCAUUACGACAGCAAACUUCUUACCUUAAUGAUGAAAUGUAUAGUUGAUCAGGGGACAACACCGGCUGGUGGUAUAAACUUGAUGCUGUAUCCUCGAAGGGACAGUGACCUUCGGGAGUUGACGACUACGUACGUCAAAUACAUCGACGCUGUUGCAAAGGCGUUGAGAUUGGCGUGCAGCAUUAUCUCCGAUCAGAUAAUAUCUAAACAUUUGCAGCAACGUUAUUCGACGUACUACAGUGGCUUUGGAUCCCGACUUGUGGGUUCUGAUAUAACGAUGGAAGAAUGCGAGGAGUAUUAUAAGAAGAAUCAGUGUCCUCAUGGUGAAUUGAUGUCGAAACACGAACACCUGGACGUGGUGUUCCAGCGCCACCUCGACGCCUGCGACCAUAUAUGA